AUGCAGCCUACCGCUUCUCAACGUAAAUAUAACCAUGAUUUCCCCGCCUCGAUCGAGCGCUGCUAGCAUAGCUAUCUUUACUCCUCCCAGUUACAUUCAAUAUUUAUCAAGACAAUGAGCCAUACAUUCCAUUGGGGGCUAGAUGGCCUAGAUAAGUCUCGCUUCGAGGCGUACACCAAGAUAUUGAGCCUUCGCAAUAGCGGACAGGCUGAUGAUGCCAUUACAUUCGACGCCUAUGAAGUAGGCCCCGAUAUGAUAGAGCCAGCAAAAGAUGACGAUUCCAUUACGGGUCAACCGUUGACCAACUUCGACAAUGAUAAGCUUAAGCGCGCAUUUCUUGACCGAUUAUCCGAGAUUCUAUCACAUACGAGAGGUGGUUAUCAAGUAGCUGCGGCAUUGAUGAUAGAGAACUUGGGAGUCCCUGAGAUCGUCGUCGCUAAGAACUCUGGGUUAAAGCAAACGGAUAAGGACUUUAUAAUAGCCUUAGAGAAGGUCCUGGUGCGCAUGGCGGGCUGUCCAAUUUCGCCUCAAGACACAGCCGAGUUGUGGGAGUUAAUACUAACUCAAUACACACCGAGAGUAAAGGGAUAUAUAUCAGAUUUGCAAAAAUCUUUGAACCAAGGCCAGAUCCACCUAAUGAAGCAGUCCGAUUCGGAUAUCACCAGAAACCUUGCAGUGCAGAUCGAGGCACUAUCUCUAUUCUUGAACCAAGUACCACACGAACUAAGUAAGAUCGUUCUCGAGGCAUAUCACAUACGAGCCCUCCACAACAUCUCCAUUUUUGAGAAAAUUCAACCAGAGAAGCCAUCAGUCGGCCGGCAAAUUGGCGAUCUGGUCUAUCUAUUGAGCCGACCUCACGUAGCCUUCCUAACCUUUGUUCGAGCCACCGAAAGGAUUGAAGGGUUUGACAAAUUGUGUAUACGAUGGGUCGAGUUCACGUCCUUCAUGAAAAAGGCGCCACUCACCAAGAAACAGCCUGUGGUUCCCCCCUGGACCAUUGGUCAAGUUUUCAAGUCGCUCGGUCUGAAGUUUAAUGACGCGGAGACGAGCGUCUUAAUGAAUUCAGGGACGGAUAAGUCAUCAAAGUGGACCAGGGACAAACUGGCAAAUAGAUUUGGUAAGCUCAAGGCGACCGAGAAUAACGUCCACGCCGAAGUCCAGCUUGUGUUGGACUUGUCUAAGAGGGGUACGCAGCUGGAUAAUACGUUUAAAUACGUCGGUUGCAGUAAACGGUCCUGUCUGCUCUGUUACAGGUUCCUUUCAAUGGUCGGAUUUGCUUGCCGGGGUUGUCACGGAAAAGUCUAUGAGUUGUGGACUAUACCUGAGCUUGAUGGGCUUAGCGAAGGCUCUCUCGAACUGAUCUCUGAGGCAAUUAAGAAGUUACAGAGCCAAGUCGCGAAAUCCCUUCGGCAUGAUACGAAGCCUAGACCUCAUAUAAAAGAGUCAACUAUCGGAGGUUCCUCGAUUGCAACUGUUGUGCCGCAUACUGAGGACCAACACUUGGCGAAAAUGAUAAGGAAUCAUCUGCAAACGAAUAGAGAGCAUUCUAUUUUGAGAGCGCCUAUAAUAAGGCCGGUCUCCCCGCAAAAUGAGGACACUCUUGAUGAGACUCCUUCUCGAUCCCAGCUUCCAGCGGAACGCGAGACUGAGGGCGAAUGUGGGACAUGCUACAAUAUAACAUCACGGCACUGUACCCUCUGCGGCAGAGAUUGGUAUUGUAGUGAGCAUUGCCAGAGCCAAAUGGGGAUUUAUCAUAUCUUCUAUUGUAAUCUCCGGCCACUCACUACAGCAGAUUAUCUAUGUUUAAACUGUCUUUCAGAUGAGAUGCCGGAUGACCCUGGAGUAUUGAAUGACUUUGGAUUCAGUCGCUGCAAGACUCGGGAUGAGCAAUCGCAUCUGCUUGGUGUCUACAUCGGUUUGUUCAAGUAUUUCGACGUUCGUAGCGAGACUGUUGACGCCUGGAGGAGGAACGGGGUCCUCUUGGAUCAGAUCGUGCAGGCGUACAAUGAGAUACCAGAAAUAUCGCGUGGGAAGUAUUUCCCGUGGCUUCUUCGCAACACCCACCUGCUAAGCCAAGACAAGAUAGUUGAGCCGAACCAAGAAUCCCCUAGAUCUUACCUAGAAAGAGUGUUUGAAGAAGCGAGGCAAUAUCUCAAGGGUCAAGACAGUGGAAAGACCAUGGAACAACUAGAGCCGUUUGAUAAGCGACGAUGUUUUGUUUUUUUCGCCUUAACACUUGAAAAUUCCAACCCACCGCCUAUAGAACAUGGUUUAGACCUCUGGUAUGACUUCGGAUUCGCCACAUGCAUCGGUCGCGACCUAACUCCCGAAGGGAUUCAACACGCCGAGGGCAGGCUCGGAGGUUUAUACUCUUUGUUAUUGUGUGGGCACAAGCCCAAAAGGGCUUACUGUAAAAGCCUUGGAAUCCCAUACGAUGGUCCUCCUGAUCCACCAAUAUGCUCUUUUGACGAGUUUUAUAGGGCCUGGAGUUCCUACACACUACCGUCUGUCUUUGAUAAGUACGGAUAUGGCGAUCGGAUUGAUAGUUGGCCCCUUUUCAGAAAGUUCUUCUCGUCCAAACCGGAGAGACGUGCACAUAUUUGGAGGCUACUGCAGUACAUAGCAAUUGGCGAACUCAAUGCCAUCGACUCAAUGCCAGAGCUGAAGGAUGCAGCAAAGUCCUACGGGAUUUCCCCGCAUGUCGAUACAAGAGAGCGACUCGCCCUGUACGAGUUCUAUCGCCAGUUACUGGGUAUUGUUGAUCCUUUAUGUCUUGAUGAGGCAUGCGAACAAGGCACAUUAUUAAGAUUUGCCCUAGAACAUUUAGGAGCAGACAUGGACACGAGAGUCAAGUCAUCGCUAGUCAGGCUUGACGUUUCGAAAAGGACCAGGAGGUAGAUGGGUGUGAUGAGUAUUGAUUGAAUCUCCCAUGUGAAGUAUGUUCUAUCAAUAAUAUGGCCUUACAAUCAGACCGAACAUUACUUGCUAUGUUUAAUGCUUGGCUCGAUGAGGGUCGGUUAGAUAGGGGUGACAAUGCAGUGCGCUUAAUUUUGGCAAGUGGUUUUUCCAUCAUAGAAUCUUGUCAAUUUAAGCUCGACUGAAAUGAAAUGGAAUAAAAUGAAAUGAAAUAGAC